UCGAGGAUUACACACGACAAACAUGGCCAGCAAAAUCAUGUCAGUAAAACAGUCGAGCCGGUCUCCAUGUUGUUGGUUCGGCUUGCUCCUGGUCGCGAUGUUCCUGCAGCCCUCCGCGAGCCAAUACUACGGAUAUCCCUACUACGGCGGCGCUAAUGCGGGAGCAGGAGCGGGAUCGGGAUACGGAAACAUAUACGGCAGCGGCAUGUACGGAUACCCCUACAGCUACGGCGGAUAUCCGUACUUCUCGUACCCCGGCUACAACCCAUACUCGAUGUACGGCGGAUACGGACAGUACGGGUACCCCUUUGGGGGAUAUCCCUACGGCGGCAACGGCAUGAACGUGGCCUACGCCAGCAGCAGUGGAGGAUUCGCAACAGCCAGUGCGGGCGGAAGCGGAUACUACGGCUAGGAAGCCCGCAACCUAAUAUAGUUUAGUGUACACGGUUAAGUCAUCCUACUCCAUA